AAUUCAUAAAGUAACCUAUAACCGGUUAAUAAAGCGGCUUUUUUGAUUCUGGUAAAAAACUUGAAGACGAUUUUGCAACUUUUUUUCUUCCGAUUUGCCUUUCCACAAAUUUUAAGCUGAGGACAUAAGUUCCAACAUAAUUUGAAAAAAUAUUCCAUCAACAUUCAUAUGCCAAAAUGGAAGCCCAGCCGAAGACCCAAAAGCCUCAGGGUAAUAAAAAGAGACUUCCAAAUGUGAAAGAGCCGUGGUGGUGCGAAGAGGCAACCCAACUCUUGAACUCAAAAAACGAAGCAAUGAUGAAAUUCCACAUGUCUGGUACAGAUGAGGAUUUCAAAACGUACAUGGAGGCACUCAAAGCGUACGAGUGUGGCGUAAAAGAUUUGAAGUUUGAGUGGAAAGAAAAGCGAAGAAAUAAGAAGAAGGACACCAAUGCUUCAUAUAAUACACAGUAUGUAGAAUAUAUUUCCAAGCCAUGGUGGUGUGAGGAGGCAACACAACUCUUUAAUUCAAUGAAAGAGGCCAAGGAAAAAUAUAACAAGUCGGGAAAUAUUGAUGAUCUAAGGGAGUACAAGAAGGCAGGAAAUGCAUUUAGGAAGUGCAAAAACGAGUUGAAAUGGGAAUGGAAACAACAACAAAGGCAACAACAAUAUCAAGGCCAGACAAACAUGGAAAAUACUGCCAACCAGGAAGAAUCUAAGGAAAACCAAGGGGGAGAGGGUAACACGACAAAUGUAAAUAACCACUUGGAAAAUUCUUCAGACAACGAAGAAAAAGAAAACAACCAAAAAGAUAAUGUGAACGAAACAAAUAAAAACAAUGGAAAGCCCAAGAGAAGUGUUAAGGGAAAUAUGAGGGACACAUCCGAGAACCGAUAUGUACCCAAGCCGUGGUGGUGUGAGGAAGUCGAACAUCUUAUGAAUUGCCGAAAUAAGGCAAGACAUCAAUAUUACAAGACAAGUUCGUUCGUUGACCUGAAAGCAUAUGCGGACGCCGAAAAUGCCCUUAAGGCAUGCAUAAACAAGAAGAAAAGAGCAUGGAAACGUAUCGAAGAAAGUGAACCAGAACCAAAAUUGGAGUUUGUGCCUAAGCCAUGGUGGUGUGAAGAAGCUACACGCCUUGUUGAAUGCCGCAAUGAGGCAAGAUCGAAAUAUAACAAAAGUAAGACAUCGGAGGACCUCAAGGCCUACGAGGAAGCAGAAGAAAUAUUCAAAACUUAUAUUAAUCAGCUAAAAUUGGAUUGGAAGCAAAAGCAACGAAAUGAUAAAUGAAUUGUUAUAUUUUAUUAUUAAAAUAAAACAGAAAAUGAUAUAAAAAAUCCAGAA